AUGCAUACCCCGUGCAGGUGGAAGUGCUGGCUAGCCGGCCGUUUGCAUCCUUGCCGGGGCCACCAACCGGGAUUUUGCGAGAUUUGCAAGGGCCUCCACCAGGACCUCCAGGAGCACCCGGAGGACCAGGAGGACCCACAACACCACCAGGAGGAGGACCACCGGGAGACCUUUGCUUGCAUCGUCUCGCCUCCGCUGACCAAGGCGGACACUAGCGCGCGCCCACAAUGGACACCUGGUACGAACAUAGCACCAGGAGGAGGAUUGCCGCUGAUCAAUGUCGCCGCCCUGAAUCUGCGUGGACUCGAGGACCGUACAUGGGACGUCGAAUGGACUUCUGUGCUCUUCAAGCCAACAACCUUGGGCUACCGCAUUGCGGCGGGCACUCCCUUCGAUACCGGCCCGGGCCUGAUAUUUCCCAGCAACACAACGCUGACACAUCGGUUCAAGGGGAACAGAAGUUCUCUGUUUCAACUUCGCGAAGGGCCUGGGCCCGCUACGAACACCAGCAUCCGGCUCAGCUUCACCACCUUCUUUCAAGACACCCUGACGGUCUACGAGAUGGGGUCCCUGGACCCGACGUUCCAGCUCAAGAUCUUGGGAGCCUCGGAUCCGUUGCCGGCACUACCUCCGGCGGAAAGCAUCAGUGAAGUCUUCACAUGCAACGAUGGAUGCCAAAUCCCGGAGGUCUACGUGAACGAUUCAUUUUGCGACUGCCCCCUAGAAUGCGAAGACGAGGCAUUCUGGACCUGUGAGCAGUGCGUCGUCGAUGUCGAGGAGCUCGGGAUGGGUCUAGGUGUGGCCACAGUUGCCUUCGCUGUGGGACUUGGCGGUGGCCUUCCACCUUCUGUGGGUGCUGGCGCAGCUGCUGGCGGGGGAGCGGCUGCUGGUGCAGCUGCCGGCGGUGCAGGCGGUGCAGCGGGUGGUGCCGGAGGUGCUGCUGGUGGUGCUGGCGGAGGUGCUGGAGGAGGCGCCGGUGGAGGCGCCGGUGGAGGUGCUGGUGGAGGUGCUGGUGGAGCUGGCGGAACAGCUGGCGGUGGCUCUGGGAGCUCUGGCAGCGCAGGUGCUGCAGGGGCGGCCUCAACAGCUGCAGCUGCCUUCGUGUCAUCGGGAGAUCUUACAAUUGAAGCUCCACAGCAAGUGAUGGAAUCGGCACAGUUCCAGUCCGCCGUGCAGAGAGCGAUCGCACGCCUGGCGGGAAAUAUCGCGGCAGCGGCUGUGGAGCUUAUAAUUGGCUGCCUGGUGGGGCGACGGCUGGUUGUCUCGACAACGAUCGAUGUUUGUUUUCAGAUCCAGUCUGAUAACCGUGAAGUCAGCGAAGAGAUUUGCAGAAGGCUAAGCUAUGUCCAACGACAGGAUGUGCAGCGUGUUAUUGCCUCUGAGCUCUUGAGCUCCACCAUCAAUCCUGAUCAAGUUCGCGUCGUCUAUUACCGGGCAAACCGGAAUCCACAGGCGCCGACAAAUCCAAAUGCUGGACCCAUUGCGAAUCCCUACCAGCCUGGUGGCGGAGCCAUCAACCUCGGCUGA